AUGGCGCAGCGGGACAAGAAGGUGGAGGAGCCGACGGAGGUGCACCUGCACGCCGCGGAGAUCACGCUCUGCGCCAACAGCUGCGGCUUCCCGGGCAACCCGGCCACCAAGAACCUCUGCCAGAACUGCUUCCUGGCGUCCUCCUCCUCGCCGUCGCCCUCCGCCGCCUCGCCGCAGUCUCCUUCCUCUUCGCCCGCGGCGUUCCCGCUCUUCGACAAGCCGAGGCCGGCCGCCGCUGCGUCGCCCCUGCAGGCGGCGCCCGUCUACAUGGCCGUCGACCGGCCAGCCGCCGGGCCGGCGGACCCGAAGGCGUCCAAGUCGUCCGUCAACCGCUGCCACAACUGCCGGAAGCGCGUUGGCCUGACAGGAUUCCGCUGCCGGUGCGGCGAGAUGUUCUGCGGCGCGCACCGGUACUCGGACCGGCACGACUGCAGCUACGACUACAAGUCGGCGGCCAGGGACGCCAUCGCCAGGGAAAACCCCGUGGUGCGCGCCGCCAAGAUCGUUCGGUUCUGA